AUGGUUGACGUUGCGGACGAUUAUGACUGGAUCUUUGAGAGCACCUACUUCAACUUUUUACAGUUGAAAUAUAACAAGCGGUUUAAAGUGACGUUUUUUGAAUACCUUAUAUGCAACUGUUGUUUCUAUCAUUUAUAAAUAGCACUGAUAUCUUUUAGAUGGCGGUCACAGAUAGUCACCUCAUGUCAAUAAGUCGAGAACUCUUGCAACAGCUCAUUGAUAUAAAAUGUUUAGAGCGUGUAACAGGCAAUGCUUAUAAUAGAACCUGUGGUCAAGUAAACGGUAAAUCCAAGUAA